AUGGUUGCGAUAGAAGUGGCCCUGGUGGUUCUGAUGGUUGUUGUGGCUUUGAUAGUUGUGGUAGAGGUUGUGGUUGUGUCUGCUGUAAUAUUGGUAGCCGUUGUGGUUUUAAAAGUUGUGCUCCUCGUGUUUGUGAUAGAGGUGGCUUGGGUUGUUGUGGCAACGGUAGUUUCAUUAGCAGAGGCAAUAAAAGUGGUUUUGAUUGUUGUAGAAAGAGAGGGGCAGGAAGUGGUUGUAGAAGACAGAUCAAGUAAACACAACUUGAACAAUAACAAGAAAAAAAAGAAAAAAGCGAAAAAGAAUAAAGUAAAGAAAAAAAGCGGAAAAGCAAACGAACAAACUGUAACUGCAUUGCUGAUGCCGAACCCUUGCUGUGAUCCAGCGAGUUGCUGCAAGACGAACUGUCCCAUGCAGGAGAUCCUCGAGAAUGUUAUCGAGUUGUUGUAUGAAAAGUUGGUCAGUUAA